AUUGUGCAUUUUGACAUGAUGAUUAAGGAUUACAAUGUGGAACCAAGAUUGGAGCAUUAUGGUUGUCUUGUUGACCUUUUUGCUCGUGCUGGGAGAAUCGAUGAUGCUCUAAGCUUGGUUUCAGAAAUGCCAAUUAAACCAGAUGCUGUGAUCUGGAGGAGUCUUUUGGAUGCUUGUUGCAGGCAACAUGCAAGUGUUGAGCUAAGUGAAGAAAUGGCAAAGCAAGUGUUUGAGUCAGAGGGGAGUGUCUGUAGUGGUGUGUAUGUGCUUUUGUCAAAAGUGUAUGCUUCAGCUUGUAGGUGGAAUGAUGUAGGGUUGCUUAGAAAACUAAUGAGUGAUAAGGGUGUGACUAAAGAACCUGGGUGCAGUUUAAUAGAGAUAGAUGGAGUGGUUCAUGAAUUUUUUGCUGGGGACACCACACAUCCACAAAGUGAAAAUAUAUACAAGUUUGUGAGUGAAAUUGAGGGGAAGAUGGAAUCAAUAGGGUAUUUACCUGACUACUCAGGGGCACCUAUGGUUGAUGAGGUUAAUGAUGGAAAACAGAAUGCUCUUAGGUUGCAUAGUGAGAGAUUGGCCAUAGCUUUUGGGAUCUUAAACUCAAGACCUGGCACGCCUAUAAGAGUGUUCAAGAAUCUUAGGGUGUGUAAUGAUUGCCAUAGGGUUACUAAAUUAAUCUCCAGAAUUUACAAUGUGGAGAUAAUUGUAAGAGAUCGUGCUCGGUUCCAUCACUUUAAAGAUGGAGCAUGUUCUUGUAUGGAUUAUUGGUGAUAGGUGGUCGUUUUAGAGGAAUGAAACAAAAUCCUCUGCCAACCACAUGGAACCAUCACAUAAAUUCAAUGGAUGAACAGAACUUGAAUUGAUUUUAUAUUGAUUUUACAGAGUACUAAAUUUUAAAUUACAUUAUGUCAACGUAAGAGAUCUUCAUGGCUUGUAAUUCUCGUGACCCUUUCGCAUUCUAUACAUUUAUCCUAUGAGUUGGAUCAGCUUUCCAACUCAGCCAAC